CAGUGGCUCUGCUGGGAAAUGUGUAGAGAGGGAGCUUAAAAAAGGUCUCUUCUGAUUUCAGCCACACACGCUCAGGACUUGCCAUUCAGGAGACAGAAAUCUGAGCUGACUUCAACUUCUUUCACACCCAGUAGGCCAGUGGAGACAAGAAAAUCAAAACAAGUUUUUUUUCAGCUCCCUGCACCUGAAGAAAAGCAAUUGUUUAAUCUAAAGAAUGAGAAGUGCGAGAAGACUGGAGUGGUGUUCUAUUUAAAACAGCACAACCUUGUUUCAGCAAUGCGUCGUGGGGAGUCUCUGGCUUGGCCGGGAGAGGCCCAGCGCCGUGAGGAGAGAAGAGUGGAGGCCCGACUGGCUAAAGGCCUUCAGAGACUGGAUGAGGCACAGCUCUACCACAUCAACACACUGACCAGAGAACAGAGGAGACUACACAGAGACCUGCUCAACAUGAGAGCGGGUAACAUUUGGAGAAAGGGAUUCACUGGUCUGGGGUCACAACCUUUUAACCAUGACCCCACUCACACUACUAUGUCUUACAACAGGACUCAGCUACCCACAAUUCCACUCUCUGGCAAAGAGACAGAGAGACACAGGCCUUUAAAGCCCCCGUCUGGUUACUCUCUGCAGGCACGAGUUCAAGAGUUCAUCAGCAAUGGGGACAGUAGAGCUGAAAGCUCCACAGCGCCGCUCUGUCUGCCAGACCUAAAAAUGCAGCCUGGAGCAGCAAUCGCCAGCAACUCCACCACACAGGGAGACGGUGAUGAGGGCAAGGCAGAGAGGGAUGAAGGAAAAGAUGGACAGAGGGAGAGAGAAAGAGAUAGGGAAACAAAGAAAGAGAAAGAGAGAGAGAAAGAUCAAAACAAAGAGGUAGAGAUGGAGAAAGAGACAGACACACAAACAUUGUCCCCUGCUGAUUCCACGCUGAUUCCCUUUGAGCUCUUGGCCCCGGAUGGGCGUCUGAGGACGGUACACACCCUGCCCAACUUCGCCCAGGCCCUGGCUGAGGCCCGUAAGGCUCGGUACAUCCGUCACCGAGGCAAGCCUCUAAGCGAGAGAGAGCUCACCAUUCGAGAGAUCUUCUCCAGGAGCCCCAAACCUUCACACAGUCUCUUCUGAUCAGCAGACGGCUUUGUAAAUGUAGUCUUCAUAGAGCUUUGCAGAUGUGUACAUACAUACAUGCGCAGAGUCACAUGAUGUAAAUACACCUGUACAGACACCUUGUGACUCUAACUCUCUCUCUUUCUCUACACCCCCCUCUCACACACACUCAAUCUGCGCCUGGAAAAACUCCCUCAGCAUGUCAGUUUUUUUUUAAAAACAUUUUUGCUGUAAUAGCUAGAUGCAUUCUUUGUCAAGUUGCCUACCCUUGUCAGUAUGAAUCACCUCUGAAUUAUGCAAUUCCAGAUUAAAAUCUUAUGUUUAAAUUAUA